AUGAAGGGGAUUAUAGGGGUAGCGGCGGCCAUCUCCAUCGCGCUCAUGCGCUUUGCCAGCGGUGCAUAUACCUCUGAAAUGGGACUUUGUGCUGAUAUGUGCCCUUCUUCUACCUUGGUUGCGGCGGAUGGCGCUGGAAUUUCUCGGUGCUACGAAGCCUGCAAGCGGCUGAUACACCGCGUGAAGUAUGGAGACAUAUUAGACGACAUGAAGAUCGACAAGGUUGUCAGUGCACCCAAGGAGAGCGCGCUUACGCGGCUUCGCAAGGGACUCGGGAAGAAAAAACCAGGCAGUGCGAGACCAACAUCAGGGAGUAGCUCUAGCUCAGACGGCGAAGCAUCCGCAUAG